GUUUACACCACGUCUUUCAAUCAGCCAAUAGAUGCAAGGUGGGUGAUGUGAGGUCAUUGACGCAUGCGCAUUGAUCGCCAGUGUGGACUUAGCCGUUUCAGCAAAAUCUCCGCCAUAACGUGGCCCAUAGAAAGCCGUACAAAAAAUUGUACAAAUGGAUUCCGCAGGGGAUGAUUUCACUUCUGGCGCCACGGAGAAUCAUGUGGAUGGUCCAGACAGUGACAUACAAGUUGCUGACAUAAAAGCCAAGCUUCAGGAGAAUGGUGAUAUGAGCAACCACAUUGACCAGAAAAGCCAAAACGGUCAUGCUUCACCAAAGGAGAGCUCAUCUAAAGAUAAACAUCAUAGUUCCAGCUCCUCGAAACACUCGCACCAUUCCUCCUCUUCCAAACACAAAGAUGGAAGUUCGUCCAGCUCAAAGCAUCACUCCAGCUCAAGCAGCAAACAUGGUAGUUCAAGCUCUAGCAAGCAUGGAAGUUCUCAUCAUUCCUCAAGUAAGCACAGUUCAAGCUCCUCGAGCAAGCAUAAGGAUGGAAGCUCAUCAUCUAGUAAGCACAGGGAAGGAAGCUCUUCUAGUAAACACAGGGAUGGGCAUCAUUCCAGCUCAUCAAGCAGCAAGCAUAAAGAUGGCUCAAGCCACAGUAGUAGCAAGCAUAGAGAUGGCUCAAGCCACAGUAGCAGCAAGCAUAGAGAUGGUUCAGGCCACAGUAGCAGCAAGCAUAGAGAUGGUUCAGGCCACAGUAGCAGCAAGCAUAGCUCCUCAAGCAGUCAUUCAAAAGACAAGCACAGCUCAUCAAGCAAACACAAGGAACACUCUAGCAGUAAGAGCUCGGAGAAUCCAGACGUAGUGUCUGAAUCCUCGCCCCCUAAACAGGUGAAAAAUGAGCCUCAAUCACCCACAAAGAAAGAACCAGAAUCUCCUAAAAAAUCUCCAACUAAGUCAUCCCCAGAAAAGUCUGUAAAGGACGAGCCAAUGAGUGACGACGACGUCCCACUGUCCAAAAGGAUGGAGAAAACAACACCAAAACCUGCACCAAAGAGGGAACUGGGGCAAGACUCUGAUGAUGAAGAUGUACCCCUGUCUUCCAGAAUGAAGAAGGUUAAAAAAGAACCUAAACAGCCAACCAAGAAAAGGAAAUCAGAGCCAGAAGAAUCUGAAGAAGAAAAACCACUGAAAAAGAAGAAAAAAGUGCAGCCAAAGCAGUCCCAACAGAAAUCGCCACAGAAAGGCAAGAAGAAACCCGAAGAAGCAGAAGUCUGGAGAUGGUGGGAGGAAGAGCGUCGUGAUGACGGUCAGAAAUGGAAUUUCUUAGAACACAAAGGGCCAGUAUUUGCCCCCGAUUAUGAGCCGGUGCCCAGCGAUGUCAAAUUCUACUAUGAUGGUAAGGUGAUGAAGUUGAGUCCUGAAGCGGAAGAAGUGGGAACAUUUUAUGCGAGAAUGUUGGACCAUGACUACACUACAAGAGAUGUUUUCAACAAAAAUUUCCUGAAGGAUUGGAGAAAGAUGAUGACUUCAGAGGAGAAGGAAGUGAUCAAAGACUUGUCCAAGUGUAACUUCACAGAAAUGGACAGAUACUUCAAAUUGAAGACCGAGGAAAGGAAAGCCAUGACAAAGGAAGAGAAACUGAAAAUCAAAAAUAAAAAUGCAGAAAUACAAGAAGAGUAUGGCUUUUGUACCAUGGAUGGCCACAAGGAAAAGAUUGGAAACUUUCGUAUUGAACCUCCGGGCUUGUUCAGAGGGCGCGGAGACCACCCCAAGCAAGGCAUGCUGAAACGCAGGACCAUGCCUGAAGAUGUCAUCAUUAAUUGUGCGAAAACUUCUGAAGUUCCCCAGCCACCUAAAGGUCACAAGUGGAAAGAAGUUCGACACGAUAACAAGGUAUCUUGGCUGGCAUGCUGGAACGAAAACGUGCAAGGCCAGACCAAGUAUGUGAUGCUGAAUGCAGCCUCAAGACUUAAGGGCGAGAAGGAUUGGCAGAAAUAUGAGACUGCAAGGAAGUUACACAAAUGUGUUGAUAAGAUUCGGCACAACUACAUGGAGGACUGGAAAUCUAAGGAGAUGAGGAUCCGACAGAGGGCUGUGGCUAUGUACUUUAUCGACAAGCUUGCUUUGAGAGCUGGUAACGAGAAGGAGGAGGGAGAGACUGCAGAUACUGUUGGUUGUUGUUCAUUGCGUGUUGAACAUCUCAAGACUCACGAGAAAUACGAAGAUCAGGAGAAUGUGGUUGAGUUUGACUUCUUAGGUAAAGAUUCCAUCCGCUACUAUAACAGGGUCAACGUGGAGAAGAGAGUUUUCAAAAAUUUGCAACUUUUCAUGGACAACAAACAGCCAGGGGAUGAUUUGUUUGACAGACUUAAUACUACCAUUCUGAACAAACAUUUACAUGACCUCAUGGAUGGACUGACGGCCAAGGUGUUCCGUACCUUCAACGCCUCUCGGACACUUCAGGAACAACUUAACCUUUUGACAGAAGAGGAAGACCAAGUACCGGCCAAGCUGCUGUCAUACAAUCGAGCCAACAGGGCUGUGGCUGUGCUAUGUAACCAUCAACGUGCUGUACCGAAAAAUUUCAGCAAACAGAUGGAAAACCUGCAGAACAAGAUCGAUGCCAAGAAGGACGCUAUACGUGAGGCCAAAAAGCAGCUGAAGUCAGCAAAGAACAACUUCAAGGCUGCAAAGUCGGACAAGAACAAGAAAGUGAUGGACAUGAAGAAGAAGAGUGUUGCCAGACUGGAAGAUCAGCUGGUCAAACUGGAGGUGCAAGCAACAGACAAGGAUGAGAAUAAAGAAAUAGCAUUGGGCACCUCCAAGUUAAACUAUUUAGAUCCCAGAAUAUCCAUUGCCUGGUGCAAGAAGUGGGAAGUUCCUAUUGAGAAAAUCUACAACAAAACUCAGCGAGACAAAUUCAGGUGGGCCAUCGACAUGGCUGACGAGGACUUUGUGUUUUAACGUUUCAUCCCGCCAUAGAAUGCCAUUGUGAACAUGUAAUAUUCUUAUUUUUGACUUGAUGUAUACAGAGAAAUCAUGGAUCUAGAUGAAAGUGAGAUUGUAAGUUGUGUUAUGUGUGUGUUCUCUGACAGACAGUUUGUUGUACUUUUCCCAUAUGUAACUAUUUAUCAAACAUUGAGGAUUUAAGAAAAACACUCGAGACUUUUAAUCUAAUGAGUCCAAUGAAAUUUGAUACCUGUACAAUACUUUGAUUUUUAGUGAGAAAAUAUGGUAUUAAUCUUUAUAACAUGUGCUAUUAAACCUCUCGGAUUCAAAAGGCAUUUUAUUUAAUAUUUAGAGUCAUUUUCAAUCUUCGUUGAGAUUUAAAAACAUUUUUUAUUAUUUUAAAAUGUUUUAUUUGUUUAUAAUGUUAAGUAACUGAAUUGAGUUCGGUGUAUAUAUCAACACAAUCCUAAUAUAAUUUUCAUUUUGUGUAAUACACAAUGUAUAGAAAUGUAUUAUAAGAUAUUAACCCUGCCUUUUUAGCAGUAAAACAAUCACCAGCAUCUACAGAAUCUCCUGUCUGUCUCAGAGUGUUAAUCAAAUUUUAUUUUGUAGUCCAUCUCUAUCAAGAUGAACACUUUUAAUAUGAUGGCAAUUAUGCAAAGUUUACUUAAUUGCAAAAUCAGAAUUUUUUUUUCGUGUCACAUUUUUUGGCAGUAAACCUCUUGUUAACAUUGUCAUUAUCCAUUUUAUUUUAGUGUUAUUGGGUAAAAAAAAUCAUAAACUUUUACCAGGAUUCAACAAUUUUGUUUCAAACAUUUAAUGAAAUGAUUAGAAUUAUGUGUAAAUUUGCGGAAAUUAACUCAAAGAAAUGUCUAAUAUAUAUAGAGAAGUCUAGAUUUUAAUGGUGUACCAGUGAUGUGGUGAAUGUCUCCUCGGAUGUCCGUUCUGUUUACUACAGGAUGUGAUAUAUCAUUAUGUGAACUUGUUAAAUAUAGAAUGUGAUAUAUUAGAGGAACUAUAAUGUUCUGAUGUUUCAUGGAUGAAAGAACAAAAUCAUUAUCAGAACCUUUUUUUUUGUCGAUACGCCAGUUUAAACUUGUGAUAUUGUGGUGUUAAUGAACCAAACUCAUUUGAGACAUUCUUUAGAAUGCUAUUAUAUUUUGAGUGUAAUUGUUAUAACUUUUUGUAAUGAAAUAAUACAAACAUGUUAUACAAAGGUAACUUAAGUGUUUACCUCGAGCAGUUCACUUACACAUCUAUUACUUCUAGCUAAAUGAAGACACAUACAGUGUAUUAAGAUUCUGUACAAAGCUGAAAGGAUCUAUUUUUCAAACAUUUUGGGUAGGAGAUGGAGAAGCAUUUCUUCAGAUAGUUUAGAUGUCAUAAAAUCUUCGUAUUAGCUUUUAACAUAUAUAUAAAACUGAUGUUAAUUUCUUACUUCUUACUGAGCAGUUUUUCCACUCGCAUUGAAUUCUGACACAUCUGCUGGUUGCAGCUGAAAUACGCUUGCAUGGGCACCUGUGACGGUUGUAUCUGUACGUUAAUGGUAUGGUUGUAACAGGGUUUGGGUUCAAAAUGGGUAAACUGCAGUUAAAACGACCAAGAUAAAAAGUUGUUACUAAAAUUGCUGCAUUGUUAAAUGCUUAAAGCUUCUGUUGCCUAUUAAAACGGUGAUAAUAAUGCACAAAUGUUUUAUGAUGUUGAACAUUUUUGUUGAAAGUUAAUUGCACACAAGUUGUUUUGAGUCGUGAAAGGAUGGUCUAGUGUCUGUUUGUUAUGUUUACUGUACAGCACUCCAUUAAUUUUAUGUUUUUUUUAUUGUAUGAAUUGUUUUUUGUGUUUUAAAUCAAGACCUCAUUUAACGCCGAGAAACUUACUUAAAACCUCCCAUUUUUCAUUGUCAUAGAUCACAAAGACUCUUACUAGAUAUUAGUUAUGGUUGAAUUUUAAUUAGCACAUGAAUCAUGUUUCUAAAAAAUGUUACGAAAUGGGGAAGAAAUUUUAUCAUGAAGCUUUUAUUUGCCAAAUCUUACCCAUUUGACAUAACAGACAAGUCACAUAUCUUUUAAGUUUAGUAGGGACAGGCUUUAAAAAUGAUAAUGGUUUGGAUUUGUUACUUACGUACAAUCGGUACACUUGUUAUCUGUCACAAUAUCUUACUGUCUAGUGGAGGUUUUUAAUGCAAUACAAAACCAGCAUGUGUAAGCUGGUGUCUGGAUUAGACUCGGAUACAGUCGGACUAGUCCAAAUUGGUCACAGCUGAAGGAGAAAAUAUACAAAUCCAGAUUUUACACCUUUUUUUUUAUUGGUCUGGCUGAUAUCAUUAUAGUCUGUACAUGUAUUGUUCUAGAAUUGAUCAUGUUUGUAACUUCAUAAAAACGUUCCUGAUGUGCAUUGUCUCGUUCCCUAUCACUCCAGGAUUGUAUCAUUGAUUGAUUUGAUAUCGGUCAUACAUUUUUUUGUUUGAUACAUUUUCAUUCCUUUCUGUAUUUGAAGGUAAAUGUUCAAUUUUCAUGUGACCACUCUACACAAUUACUUCAGGGCAAGAUUUGUGGGACUUUUACCAAAACACAAGUAUUGGCGUUGAAAAUUUCGUCAGAAUUUUCAGAAUGUAUUUGUGUAGGGAAAUCCUUUCUACUUUCUCCUAAAUUUCAGUAUUCAACAAAUUGCACAGGGAAACCCCAUCCUCUUUCUUCCUGACUCUUUCCCCCAUAGUAUUUUUUUUCAGCAUGAAUUAUCACUACACAUUUUGUAAAACUCCAUGGUUGAUGCUUCAUCUAAUGAUUGUUAAAACUUUACUUUUCAAUUCCAAGAGUGAAAAAGAAUUGCUGGUGAUGUUAAGUUUAAAGACUGAAUUCACUCUAUUAAUCAACAAAUCGUACAAGAAACAUUUAGAUAUGAUACCAUGAAGACUUGUGUGUUGUUAUAUUCUAGAUUAUGUAGACUGAAGUGACAAUGUACAGAUGUAGUUAUGAUAUUGUAAUUAUAUUUUGUCCAGGUUUUUGAUCAUGAGCACACAAUUUGACAAAUUAAUUUGUUCCAUCCUUAAUCAUGUUACAAAGUGUCUUUGACAUCUUGAAAUGUCAACAAGUCUUUAUUAUUUUCCCCUUCUACACAAUGCAAUAAAUGUAUGAAAUGCAUAAUGAUGAAAUGUAACUUCAAAAGUACACCAAAUGUAAUUAUCUCCCUUGGAAUGUGAUCAGAUAUUUUUCUCAGGUUGCUGUUCUCUUAAAAUUACAUGUACAGACCUAACCUUCAGCUACCAAACACAUGUUUUACAAACAGUUGUAAGAACUUGAAUAAAAUAAUGAACUAUUAUUAUU